AUGGCAACUUGGGUAUUGGUACCUGAUGGCAUCACUCAAGAUGCCAUUAGGGGUCUCCAAACUAGCCAGCCGAAUCCGGCCCGCGACAUCAAUCUGGCCCGCGGCAUCAAUCCGGCCCGCAACCUCAAUCCGGCCCGCGACAUCAAUCCGGCCAGCGACAUCAAUCCGGCCCGCGACAUCAAUUCGGCCCGCGACAUCAAUCUGGCCCGCGGCAUUUAUCCGGCCCGCGACCUCAAUUCGGCCCGCGGCAUUUAUCCGGCCCGCGACCUCAAUUCGGCCCGCGACAUCAAUCCGGCCCGUGACAGCAUAAGACUAGUGUCAUCAAUUAAGCCCACGACAACCAAUGUCUUAUUAUUGUUACUGUGGCUGUGA